CACAAAAGAAAAGAAGCAAAAGGUUAGAUAAUAGAGUGAAAGCCACGUCACUAGCGUAUGCAGCGUGGACAUGUCGGCCACCCUCAAGGCAAAUCAAACCGACGAGAGUUUGUCGAAACUCUGACUUCCUUGUCCCUUCUCUCCUCUCCUCUUUCUUCUCUCUCUUAUGAGUGUAUCUAUCUAUGCAUAUAAAGACAGAGGGACUAAGGUGGCGGUCUUUCAACACAGCAAGCUACUCUCUAUUUCACCGUUUCAAUUAAUCAUCAUCAUUAUCAAUCUCAAUUCUCAAUUGUAGAUGGGAAUUACAUCAGAACAACAUUCAUCAGCUUCUUCCAUAGACAGCAGCAGCGACCCUUCUGCAGCAGCUGCCACAUCUUCUUCUUCUUUCUGUGCUCCAAUUCAAAGCAAUAACAGCGCAAGAUUUGAUUUGAGCACAGACCUCAGACUUGGUCUAAGCAUCUCAUCCUCUUAUUACAAUGACCUCUUUACCACGCCAACAACGACAACAAGAGAGCAACCACUAAGCUGGCCACCAAUCAGAUCGAUAUUGAGGAGUGCACAUUUGGAGAAAGCACUUGAUCACAAGCAUGCCUCCUUAUUUAUCAAGAUAUACAUGGAAGGCAUUCCGAUUGGUAGAAAAUUGAAUCUUUUUGCACAAGAUGGCUAUGAUAGUCUCAUAACAACUAUUGCCCAUAUGUUCCCCACCACCAUUCUUUGCCCAGGUGCUGAUCGAGUUCACUCUGAUAAAUAUCAUGUCUUGACCUAUGAAGAUAAAGAAGGGGAUUGGAUGAUGGUUGGAGAUGUGCCAUGGGAGAUGUUCUUAAACAAUGUGAAAAGACUAAAGAUCACCAGAGCGGACAGAUGCUAGCAGCUAGAAUAGUUGUUCUUCACUGUAUACAGUCCUUUUCUCUUUGUGUAUGCAAUUUUGUAUAGUUCCUGCUCGUAUUGACACACUCAAAUACAGUAUGGAGUAUAUGCCCAAGAUUACAGAUAUGUACAGCCUUUUCUUACAAAAACUAUAUAUAUCAACAUUAUUAUCUCA